GGUUGCCCGGGGGAAGCAAUACAUGUAGCAAAAUGGCGAUGUUGGCAGCUAAAUGAACAAGAAGAAUAGAAACCACCGAAAUUGAUGCUUGAGAAUAUUUUCCUUUAUACUACCUGAUAGAAGUCAGUAUAUUUGGUAUUUUCUAUCCAUUAGCUGGAAUAAUGGCAAGCACGCUGGAUUUCAGGACCCAUGUCGACCAGUCGUGCAGAUAUUCAGAAGAAUUUGUCAACAUUUAUUACGACUGCGUGGACAAGAAAAGAAGGAACUUGACCCGGCUCUAUCUGGACAAGGCGACCUUGGUGUGGAAUGGCAAUGUGAUAUCAGGACAGGAUGCUCUGGGCGAGUUCUUUGAGUCGUUGCCUUCGAGCGAGUUCCAAGUUCAGACACUGGAUUGUCAGCCAGUUCACGAGCAAGCAACCCAAGGUCAGACUACACUGCUCGUGGUGACCGGUGGCAUCGUCAAGUUUGAAGGGAACAAACAGCGUUUCUUCAACCAGAACUUUCUUUUGACGGCUCAGGCCAUACCCAACAAUGACCAGCCUGUUUGGAAGAUUGCUAGUGACUGUUUCCGAUUUCAAGACUGGAACAGCUGAGGCUAUCUCCAUCCCUGCUAUAAAUGUGUGACGCGCAACAAUGAAAAUCUAGAUGCAGUUUGUUUAUUUCUGUUUUGUUAAUAAAAUAAAAAAUAUACACCACA